UUGUUCAGCUGCUCGUCGAAGCGGCUGUCGGACGGUCGCCUCUUCGCGAUUCUGCGUACAAUGUAGCAGCCAUUUUUGUUCUUAGUCUAUAAUAGCGUGCGCAUAUUUAAUGUAUUUAGGGAAAUAGCUAGAAAAUUUUCACGAUGACUAUAAUAGUCUUUUUAAUAGAUACAUCAGCAUCUAUGAACCAAAGAGCUUAUUUGGGCGGACGCCCAACGUUACUUGAUGUAGCCAAGGGCGCUGUGGAAACAUUUGUUAAGGUACGUCAACGAUCUCCUGAAAGCAGAGGCGAUAGGUAUAUGCUUCUAACUUUCGAAGAGCCACCCGCGAACAUCAAGGCUGGUUGGAAAGAGAAUUUGGCUACAUUUAUAAAUGAACUGAAGAAUUUACAGUGCCUUGGUCUUACCACUAUGGGUGCUGCUUUAAAGCAUGCUUUUGAUGUUUUAAAUAUUAAUCGCAUGCAGACUGGAAUAGACACAUAUGGCCAAGGAAGAUGCCCUUUCUAUCUUGAACCUUCAGUUAUUGUUGUUAUAACAGAUGGAGGAAAACUAUCAAGCAAUGCUGGCAUACAGGAAGAGUUUAAUCUGCCUAUGAACUGCCCGAUACCUGGAUCAGAAUUAACUCGGGAGCCAUUCCGAUGGGACCAAAGACUUUUCUCCCUAGUAUUGAGGCUAGCAGGAACCCCAGCUGUAGAAAGGGACACAGGCCUUGUACCAUCAGACUCUUCUCCGAUUGAUGCAAUGUGUGAAGUCACUGGUGGUCGAUCCUACUGUAUCACCUCCCAUCGUAUGCUGAUGCAGUGCAUCGACAGUCUCGUGCAAAAGGUGCAGAGUGGUGUGGUGAUAAAUUUUGAGAAAAUUGGUCCUGAUCCGCCGCCUAUCGACGUUGGACCUAAUAGAGACGGAGAAGACGAGCAUCAUGAUGAGAAGGAUAUAGAAACGGAAAACGAUAGGAAUGGGAGAUGGAACGGCGGUCCAUAUCAAUCGACUUUGGCAGCAAGUCAACCAGGAGCACCGCAAGCGUGGCAUUCGUGUCGCCGUCUCAUCUACGUACCACGAACUGUGUCACAAAAGGGGUUCGCUGUUGGGUUUUGGCCUAUACCCGAGUCAUUUCGACCCGAUCCUAAUGCGCCUACACUCCCACCCCGUUCUGCGCAUCCAGUCGUAAAAUUCACUUGCUCGAGCCAAGAGCCGAUGGUGAUAGAUAAUUUGCCCUUUGAUAAGUAUGAGUUAGAGCCGAGUCCACUAACACAGUUUAUUCUGGCCAGGAAACAGCCCACUAUAUGUUGGCAGGUGUUUAUAGCGAACAGUAGCUGCAAGAAUUCAGAAGUGAGCCAUCCCUUUGGUUACCUUAAAGCCUCCACCAACCUCACUUGUGUGAAUCUCUUCGUCUUACCAUACAACUAUCCAGUGUUAUUACCUUUAUUGGAUGACUUAUUUAAAGUCCACAGAUGCAAGCCAACGCCUGAAUGGAAAAUGGCUUUCCAACAGUAUUUAGAUAGGAUGCCUUCUUAUUAUGUUACACCACUCCGUCGAGCUUUAACCAAAAUGGGUGCAUCUGCACCUCUCGUUCAAAGUUUAAUCCCUGAGACUCAAGAUAUCUGCCUUAGCUUCUCCGUACUGAACUAUUUAAAAAGACUGAAGAACCAAGCCAAAAUUGAGUUCGAGAAACUCUGCGCUGACGUCAUUAAUAAGGCCUCCAGUAAUAAUAGCCAGAAGGUAGCAGAAAGCGUCCGUGUAUUACCUAGAUCGCCUUUAAAGAAGGAUUUAACAAGUCAUCCAUGUUUACAAGACAAGUUCACAGCGCUCCGUGAUCAGUUGAACGAAUUUGGGGGUUUUGUAGUGGGACUAUCGCGAGGCCGACAUAGGACACAAGCCCAUACAUAUCGAAAUCCAUUCGAUAUACAGCGACGGGAUUUAUUGGAUCAGGUGGUGCGCAUGCGUGCUAACUUCCUACAGCCCUCGCUUGCGCACACACGUCUAGUAGACGAAGACAGUGUUCACUCGAUGCCUGUAGCACAAAUGGGCAACUACCAAGAAUAUCUCAAACGAAUGACACCACAACUACGGGAAAUUGAGUCCCAACCCGUCAGACAGCAUAUGUUUGGGAAUCCGUUUAAGAUUGAUAAGCGUAUGAUGGUCGACGAAGCGGAUAUAGAUCCUUUGGGCGCAGUGCGGGGUAGCGGCGGCAGUGGAGUGGGAGGAAAGCGGGGUGCGGAGAGCCCCCGUGCCAUCCCGCCCAAGAGGAAAGCGGGGCCAUUGCCGCAACAUAUCGUGGCGAGACGACCUACCUCACCAGCGCCACCUUCGCCUGCGCAUACGCCGCCCCCACUCUCCCCAGCGCUGUCCUUCAGCACCCCGCCUCCCUCGCCAGCAGCAGCGCCGCUGUCACCCGUCUCAAGACGACCUGCGUCGCCGCUCGCGCCCGUGCCUUCCGAUUUGCCGUCUGGUAGACCGCCUGAGGAGCCGCCUAACGUGGAGUCUGGUGGGACGGCGAGUACUGCGUCAGCUCCCGCUGCGCCUGCCAAUUUGCCGCCAGUUAUCAAACCAUUCCUCAACGGAGAUGCGUACACAACAAUGGGAAGUAAGAUGCCUCGAUCGCCCUCUCCGCCGCACGAAAUAUGCGUUGCGCCUGCGUCGCCCGACACGCAGGAGUUGCAAAUUAACGCUAUAUUACAAGGAGUAGCAGCGGAAAAUAGCUCUAAUUCACGAAAGAAGAGAAAACGAAAGGAGGAUGAUAUAGUCCACCUAUCAUCAGUUUUGAUGCCACCACAGCCUUCACGGAAGGAACUCGCCGAGAUAAGGAAGCACAAUCUCUCUGUUCGAUCGGAAGUCUAUCGCGCCGUGCGUCGACCGGGCAGAGAUUUUACAAAGUUGUUCGAAUACUUAAAACAAUUAAAAGGUAGUGUUGAAAUAAAGAAAGAAGUGAUUAGGGACGUUAUUAGUGAAUCGUUGAGGUUCAAGCGGAAAGCGCUAGCGAAGCUUCUAGAAGACUUCUUGGUGGGCCUUGAGAGAAAUGGAAGCAGCACAUCACUCAACCUAAAGAGAUUACCGAACAACCACAGCUAGUGUAUAGUGCUCAAAUGUAUUGAAAUUGUAUUUGACGAAAGCGUUAAAAUAAAAUGUAAUAAUGAAGCAUGUUUGGUCAUUUGAAGGGUCGCCUAUAUAGGGCUGUGAUGGUUAUGAUCGUUACUUUUGUAUCGGGUAUAUAUACACUUACAGUCGGGUAAAUGGGUAAUGCGACAAGUUUUUCUAUAGAAAGAACCCAUGUGAUGUGAAUAACCCAUUUUUGGUAUUAUGGGUAAUCCGAUACAAACAGUACUAGCCUCUGGGUGCAGAGUGUCGUUUGUAAGGAUUGACUACAACGUGGAGUUACGUAUUUGUUACCAUGGUUAUCACCAAUCUUUUUAUAUGGAAAAGAAAAUUACUAUGGUAACAAACACGGUAUUAUUUGGCUGCAUUUAGUGAUAUACGGAUGUAGCAGCUCCGUUGUAAGGAUCAUCUGUACUGUUGACCUUGUAGUCGUUCACGGGCCGUGAUUGGUUGUUUACAGCUGUGUCACACAAACACGUCUGUACAGGUUAUACGUUCGCGCAACUAAACACGUAGAUAUAUUCCGGUAUCGUACGGAUCACGGAUACGUUCGACGGACGCUCUGCGGGCCGUGCACUACUAAAGCCAAUUACUAUACGAUAGUUUCGGACUAGACGUCCGUAUAGCACUAAAUGCAGCCUUAAUCCAAGUUAUACGAAAUAGUUCGACUAUUUAAAAUUGUAUACAAAUGACUUGUGCUCUUGGGAAAUGGUAAAUGCGUUAAUAUUGUGAUCGAAUGCUCCGCCUUUCAGAUCUCGCCCGAUCAAAUCUUAUUUUACAUGAAAUUAAGCGCAUUUAUUUAUUAUACAGUAUGUUGUGACAAGUUGUGCUGUUCUCAGUUUCAGGUAUUAUUUGUAUCAAAGGCGCAAGAGCUGUCCACGGACUUGUUAUUUAUUGCAUAAACUUCAAACGUUCAUUGUUGCUAGUUAAAAAUUUAUAAAAGUUACCACACGUUGCAUAGUUUAACUUUGCGAUGUUAAUAGUUAAAUUUCGUUUUUAGUUAACUAUCGGUAAGGCGUUAAAUUUGAGGCUGGUGACAUAGCAAUGGAGUUUCCUGCUAGAUUGAACUGCGUGGUUGAUGUGUUAAACGAAAAUGGAUUGAGAAAUGUAAAUAUUUUGUAUAUAUUAAACUCGAAUUGUAGAAUGUGACAGGUCGGUCAUGCGGCCUUUAGAAUGACAAGACCUCCUUGAAUCUGAAUUUUCGUAAUAUUUUAUAUGUUGAAGUAUUGAGCUAAAUAGAUAUCAUUCCCAGUAUUUAAAUAUCAGAUUCUAAACAGGUCCUGUUACGCUAGUGGUCAUUGUGUCAAUUGUAAAUUGUAUAUAACAUUUUAUAAAUAAAUAAUGAUCCUUAUUGGA